AUGGACGUGGCCAAAAGGCUCUACAGCGCCCCCUACAGUCUACAAGCUUUCCAGCUGAUGAAAACCUGUAACUUUACCACUUUAAAGGAGAAGAAGGCGAAGGAGAUCCAGGCUACAACCACCAACCUACUGCCGAUCAUGUACCUGCUGGCCUUUAGUGUUGAUCUGCCCUCCAACUUGUUGGCUCUGUGGGUUCUUGUGUUCCGGACCAAACAUCUGCUAUCAACCACAAUGCUCACCAACCUGACUGUGGUGGACUGCUUGCUGUUCCUGGUUUUGCCAUUUCGGAUUGUUUACCACUUCCAAUAGAACAACUGGGACCUCAGGGAGCCUUUCUGCCGGAUUGUCAUGGCAAUGUUUUAUGGAAACAUUUACAGCUCGGUCUGGUGCCUAGCCCUUGUGGCUCUGGACAGAUAUGUGGCUUUGGUACACCUAUGUGGUGCAAAGACUUUGCGCCGCCGGCGGAUGACUCUGUAUAUGACUGGAGCGGUGCGGUUAGUGAUGCUUGCUGCCAUGCUGCCACUGCUGUUGUCACAGCAGACCUACCCACUGCAUGAUCUCAACAUCACCACCUGCCAUGAUGCGAUGCCAGAGAGCAAACAAACCAACUUCUUCCUGCCGUACUUCAGUACACUGUUCGUCCUUUGCUUCCUGCUGCCAGUCAUCAUUGUGUUGUACUGCCACAGCACCAUACAGCGCACCCUGCUGGCUAAAGGCAAGCUCUAGGGUCUUACUAUCAGGGUGACGGUCAUCUUCAAUGUGUGUCUGCUGCCCAGUAAUCUCCUCUUGCUCCUGACCUAGAGUGACAGGUGGCUUUUUGGAGAUGGUGAGGAUGUCUACAUUCCCUGCAUGAUCAGCCUGGCAGUCAGCACCUUUAAAAACUGCAUCGAUCCCUUCAUCUUCUACUUUGUGUCCCCAGAGUUCGGACAAAAAGCCAAAAGCGCUCUGUGCUGUUUCAAGGAGAGAAGAAAAAACAUUCCCUCUCAGGGUAACCAAGUCUCCUUGUCAACAGGACAGAGGUCAAAGGUUACCCUGCUGUCCAUGACAAGUUACAGGGGACCUCUGACACAGCAGUUAGAUGUCAACAGGACAAUGUGA